AUGCAAUUCAAGUUCAUCGCUGCCUCUUUGGCUGCUCUGUCUGUCGGCAGUGCCAUUGCUGGACCACUCCCAGCCCCAGUGCAGGAUGACGGCCUCGUUGCCCGCAAUGCUGCACCAGUCGCUGAGCCACUCCCUGAAGCUGCUCCAGCGCCAGAGACCGAAGAACUGGACGUUGAUCUCGACCUCGCGAGGGUCGAUCAUGACAUCAAAGCCCGCAGUAUCAAAAUCGACUUGGUCGCCAACUGGCAAGGACAGGCCCGUAACUGGGCCAAUGGUCGCAUUGGCACAGUUCCUACUCAAAACCAGUGGAAUAAUGCACGUGCGUGGUGGCCUAAUCAGGUCUUUGACAACAAUGUCUGGGGCGUCAACAACUGGCAGAACAAUGGCUGGAAUGGAAAUCUGUGGUACUUGUACUGGCUGUACUAUUACUACUACGGUUACUACAACACCUGGUACACCUACUGGCCAACGCAAUGGACCAACUGGAACGGCUACUGCUCGCCUGGUUGGUGCUAG